AUGCGACUGCAGUCGGGCCACUUGGGCCUCUACACCGAGAGGACACUCCACAACAACCAGCACCCGGUAGGCCGACCCGAGAUACCGUUGGCCAGAUGUGAAGCCAUAAAAUUUUACGAUUCCCCUCCAGCAAUAAACCGCCUCCAGUUAUCUCUCCAGCCUGUCUGCUUGCAUCGUCAGGCGUGUAGACAUGUCGUCGUGCAGCCUUGGAGCAUGUUGCCAAUGGUCGGGGGUGGUCGAGUCAACCAGCAUCAAGCGUGGCCGAGGCAGAAGUCGGCUGAAAAAGGUCCACCCUACGGUUGGGACUGUGGGAGCAGCCGGAUCAGAAUUGGCUACUGCGAUCUUGUCCGCAUUUCAGCUGUUCUUAAGAUCUCUCGUAGAGAUGCUCGACCGAGGAAGUGUUAA